AGAAAUGUGGCAACGAGCUUGCUCUGGUCAAUGGCGGGAGCUCGCGACUAGCAAACAUGACCAUCCAUAGCUGGAUCCAUUCCCAGUUUUCCCCUUCGGAACCCCCAACAUCCUCCCCAAAUCCCCAAAUCAACGAGGCGACGCCGAGCUCCGGCAGAACCGAGUCGCCGCACUCGGGCUCGAUCAGUGAUCCACGAGCUCGUCCGCCCACCACGACGCCGACAAAGGUCGAGGAGUACGGGGAUCUACCUCCGCCGGGCGUCGUCGCCGCGGUCGCGGUGAUGGCUGCCGCCGCAGAUCUAUUCGCGAGGUCACGGUCGCCGCCCAUCACACUGGCGCGCAGGUGGUUUCACAUGGCGCCCACGUCCCUGAAGGAGUUCAACGACCCAAGUGGCAUCCACAACUUAGAUAAAUCCCUGCAAGCAACUCGUGCGGCGGUGCAGCUCUUUUAAAUUGGGUGCAGAAUUCUUCUUCCUCCUUUUCCAUCUCCCUCUCGGCCCUUUUAAAUGGCGCGCCGAGCAGUGAUUGGCAUUGCAGCUCCACACAGUGAUCAUGGCGCCGUGGCUCUUCGUUCUCCUCCUCCUCUGCCUUGCCACCUUGCCGAGAGAUGCCGCUGCGCUGACCCGCCGUGACUUCCCCGACGGGUUCAUCUUCGGCGCGGGCACCUCGGCCUUCCAGGUGGAAGGGGCUGCUGCAGAAGGUGGGAGGAAGCCCAGCAUCUGGGACACCUUCACCCAUCAAGGUUAUUCCUUUGAUAAAUCUACCGCAGAUAUCUCAGCAGAUCAGUAUCACCAUUAUAAGGAUGAUGUAAAACUUAUGCAUGAGAUGGGUUUAGACGCGUACAGAUUCUCCAUCGCAUGGCCCCGGCUUAUACCAGAUGGAAGAGGAGAGAUCAAUCCGAAAGGCUUGGAGUACUACAACAACUUAAUAGAUGAAUUGAUACGUCAUGGCAUAGAACCUCAUGUCACAAUCUACCAUUUCGAUCUCCCUCAGUCCCUUCAGGGCGAAUACAACGGACUGCUCAGCCCCAGAUUCAUAGACGAUUACACCGCGUAUGCCGAAGCCUGCUUCAAGAGCUUCGGGGACAGGGUGAAGCACUGGGUCACCGUCAACGAGCCCAACAUAGAGACCAUAGGAGGCCUCGACAGUGGCGUGUUGCCGCCGCAGCGCUGCUCCCAUCCCUUCGGGAACUGCACCUGGGGGGAUUCUACAACGGAGCCCUACAUAGCCGCCCACCACCUCCUGCUUGCACAUGCCUCAGCAGUGUCCCUGUAUAGAGCCAAGUACCAGGCAACUCAAAGAGGACAGAUAGGAAUUACUCUCCUGGGCUGGUGGCAUGAGCCAGCUACCAAUUCAUCAGAGGAUGCAGCUGCUGCAAUGAGGAUGAAUGACUUCCACAUUGGAUGGUUUAUGCAUCCUUUGGUGUAUGGGGACUACCCUGCUGUGAUGAGGAGCAGGGUAGGCGCACGGUUGCCGGAUUUUACAGCGGAGCAGUCGAAGAAAUUGCCCGGAUCAUUUGACUUCGUCGGCUUCAAUCACUACCUUGUUGUUCGGGCUCGAGCCCAUGAUAGCGCGUUCAAUAUGAAGCAGAGGGACUACUAUGCUGAUGCAUACGCCAUGGCAAAUCCAUUCGACGAUAUCCAAGAGGGCCGCCUUGAGUAUGCUCCUUGGGAUCUAGGGAGGCUACUGGACCACCUGAAGCUCAAGUACGGGAAUCCACCAGUCAUGAUCCAUGAAAACGGAUACGCGGACGCCUCCGAACUCCCGCGGAAGGUCGAGUACGACGACGGCGACAGAUCAGAGUUCCUGCAAGACUAUCUGGAAGUUCUCUAUCUGUCCAUAAGGAACGGAUCAAACGCGCGGGGAUACUUCGUGUGGUCUUUCCUCGACGUUUUCGAGUUCCUCUUCGGCUACCGGAUGCGCUUCGGCCUGUGCGGCGUCGACAUGAACGGCGAGGGGAGGACAAGAUACGUGAGGAACUCUGGCCGCUGGUACGCCGGCUUCCUCAAAGGCGGCGAGCUGCGGCCGGCGUCAUCGUCGGGGAAAGCCUACGUCGCCGCAUGACUUGGGCUUCUGCACGCGUUUUCCUUGUCGUUGAGGCUAUGGCGCCAGUGCCACUUGGUUGUUUUAUUAAUUCUCUUCUCUAUCUCUGUAUAUUUCUCCGUGAAACAUUUAGUCGUGUAUUCGUACGCGCCGGGAUUACCUUAAAAUUACUUUGGGAUGCAA